AUGGGUAACAAGCAGACCAUCUUCACUCCGGAGCAGCUGGACGCCUAUCAGGUAAGAGCACCUGCGGACGCAGCGCGGAAGCUUCCAUGCCUGCGCGCUCACCAGAGCUUUGCUAAUGCUGGGCAGGAAGCGGGAGCGGCUGCUUUUUCAAGUCAACAUGCAGACAAGCCACACGAGUGCGAAUGCCAUGUGUGAACGCUGCCCUGCGAGGAGUGUGUCCGUACAGGAGCCCAUAAGCAGCAGCAUUAGAUGGAGUCAAAGCAGCAACAACCUGCCUUUUCCUGGAUUCAAAGAGCUUAUUUUUACGGCUAAUGUCUGUACAGCACAGGGGUGGGGGUGGGGUAGGAGAGGAUUUUUGCGAGAAGAUCAGAAAUCACUCCUGGGCGAGGGUCUCCAGCCUUCGCAGACUCCCCUCUGUGCCUGAUUUCAUAUUUCUUUUCUGUUUCAGGAUGCAACGUUCUUCACACGGAAAGAAAUUCUCAGGUGAGAUUAUGCGUUUCGCUACAGAAUCCAAACAUCUGCGUCAGAAUUAUCCUUUGUUAAAAGCUCGGGCGGGGGGCGGGGGGCGGCAGCUGAAGCAGAGCGCCCUUUCCCCGCCUUUCCCCAAGCUGCCUUUCACAGAUGCCCAUUUGCCAUGAAAUGCGCCUGGCCCCGCUCGCCCUUCAGCUCCGCAUUCUGGAAAUCCCCUCUGCUGAGCUGAAUGGGGCUGGAAGUGGCAGGAUCAGUUUCGGGUCCCUGCAGCAGAGAAGCCUAAAUCAGGGGGUUCCAAGUGGCUUUUUAAGACUCUCGCUCAACACAACUGAGCCAUUGGGCAAUCCAGUGUGUGAGACAGAAGAAGGUGCUAGAACUCCCUUGGGAGUCAUAGUUUCCUUCUUAGUAAGUUUAUUCAGUUUUGAACUUUGAGACUUCCAAAUGAGAACGCGGAAGGGAGCUGAGCACAAAACACUCGAAAUGCUUCCAAAUAAACUCCAAACCAUUUGGUUUCUGUGGCCUCUGGAGCCCCCCCAGCUGAGACUCUGCAGAGAUAAUGUGGUGGAGUGGUUAGAGUUUGGCCCCUUGGGAGAAGCGAGUUCACAUCCAGCUACCAGCCCCUCUCUCCCUGUCCAUCUAGCCCACCUCACAGGGGUGUAAUGAAGCUAGAAUAGGAGAGCCAUGGGCACAGCUUUGAGCUCCCCAAAAGAAAAGGUGAUAUACUAAUGCAGUGAUAAACAAAUAAGUGCCCAGGAAGGGAGACCCAAGGCCCGCAGGCUGAGGGGUCUCAGAGCCAGGCAGGGGGAGCAUCCAGGCCAGGAGAAAUGCGCCCCCUCCCCUCUGCCAUUUGCUGUGUGACAUGUAGCAAGGGACACAGGCUGAGUGAAAGGGGCAUUGAUGAAACCUAAGUAUGGGCAUGUUUUCAUGUCUGGAAUGGAAGCCAAGACCAUAAUUGUAUCAUGAAUAAGGCAUUCAUUAUUGAUAGGGAGCCCUUUUGAAACUUCUGCCUCUUUGUUCUCUGCCACUUUCUCUGAUGACAGCCCAUUGCCGAGUAAACAAAGGAAGCAAAAAGGAGGCAGAGGAGGAGGAGACCCCCCUCCCCCUCCCCCUUUUUAGACUUCCCCUCUAGUGAGCGCUUUCUGCUGCAGAGCUCUGCAUGCAAAUCCGAGAGGAAAUCCCACUGAGUUUAAUGGCCUGCGCUUCUGAGCAGGCAGGGGCAAAGUUACGCUGCCAGCUUAGUUAGGAUUUAUAUCCUGACUUUUUAAAAAAUGUCUGUUUUGAGGCAACCAACAACAAAGUCGGAAGAACAAAGCAGUAAGUAACCCAACAUACCAAAAGCAAACACAAGAAGCACAUUUAGACAAAACCUUUUAGGAAAUGGAAACAGGUAAAUGCCCUUUAAAACUGACUGAGCACAAAAUCACUUAGGCCUCCUGUGCCAAUGCACGCUUACUUGGAAGUAGGUCCUACUGCAUCCAAUGGUGUCUGGGGAUCUGGACCUAAGAAAAUGAGGAUUGCAGGAGCAUUCCCUGUUGUGAAUUGGUGGGGUGGUGCAGGGAAGAAGUACCUGAAUGUACAGAAUUAUCAGCAAAACACACACAGAGACAACCACCCCCAAACAAACUCACCUGUGCCCCCUUCUCUUUCCGCGCACACAGACCUGUGUGGAGUCAUCACUUCCCUUCUGCGGCAGUCUGAGUCCCCCUAACAUUUUCAUAGCCUUGAUCGGUUCUUCCUCUCCCUGUUUUUUUAUUUUUUGUGGGAGAAGGACACCCCCUCUAGGCAGCAGCUGAGAAGAAGACUUCUUGGGUUUGCUGACCUCUCCUUGCCUCCAGGCAUUUGACUGUAAAUAACAGAGCAGCAAAGGAGGCCCCUUCAGAGCUGCUUGGCCAAAUGCUCUCUUUCUUCUGCCUUGCUUGGUGGGAAGGCCAGAGAUGUGAGCUGUCCUGAUAUUUGGACCAGUGCAAGUCAUCUUGGAUGACGCCUUGCAUGUUGCUCAGUGACGAUUGACUCCUGCCAGUCCAGCAUGCUCGAGAGAAGCCACAUCCUCUCUCCACGACCUGGUCCUGCAUCCCACAGGUGAGAAAGACUCCUUUCCUUGCUUGCAGGUUGUUUGACAGGUACCGUGACCUGGCCCCUCAGCUGGUCCCGCUCGAUUACACGAAGAAGCCCAACGUGAAGCUCCCCUAUGAACUCAUUGGCAGCAUGCCUGAGCUGAAGGUACAGGAGGAGGCGGGCAGGGGCCCUGGGGUUCAGUUCCCAGGGAAGACUCUGUGGGGAGAGGCUGCCUGGCACCAGCUGUCUCACCUGCCCUCGAAGUGAGGCUGCCCCGGGGGAAAUGGGGAGGAGGCCCGGAAGCCGGGCUGGUUUCCUUCUCACCCCAUCUCCUUCCUCAGGACAACCCCUUCCGGCAGCGCAUCGCUGAGGUCUUCUCCGAGGAUGGGGAGGGCAACAUGACCUUGGAUGACUUCCUGGAUAUGUUCUCGGUGAUGAGUGAAAUGGCUCCUCGGGAUCUCAAGGCUUAUUACGCCUUCAAAAUCUACGGUGAGGUCAGGGGAAUAUCUACUAGGAAAGUAAUCAUGCUAAUCUCCUAUUCCCAGAGGAUCCCAGAAGCAACUUCAGUCUACAUUGCUUAAAACUAGACCCAAUUUGAGUUGCAUUGAUUUGAGUCCUAUUGAUUAAUAUUAAAUUUUUUUUGUAUUUAUUUCAACAAUCCCAAAAUUUGAGAGUCAGUGAUCGGUCAUGGAACAACCCCACUGAAUAAAAUAACAGUGGUUAUCCAGUCCUCAUUGCUGGUUUCAAAGGGCCCCCCAUGACAAUUCAAGCUUCAGGCCCCCAAAAUGUUGAGUGGCAGCCUCAGGGAAGGGGUCCUGGGAGUUGGGCAUGGGCUCUUUGAAGAGGAGCAUUGCCACACAACUUCAUCGGCUGCCAGUCACUCCAGCAAUGGGAAAGGGAGAGAGGCAGCUCUUGGGGGCAGCCCUGGCCAAAUGCUCUUCAAGACCAGAGGCUUUGUGUAGUAGCUGCAGGGCAGGAGAAGAGGCCAGAGGGGCGGCUGGACCCGCAAAGAGAUCAAGUGACAGGGGAAACUGCACCCCGUGGAUUUCUGCCUGCCAUGAUCUAUCAAAAGCAUUGAAGGAAGCCCAAGAAGUUACUGGCAAGUGGGCAGUGGGAAUCUCACUGAAAAGCAGAGGCUCUGCACUGUGUGUGCAUGUGUGGAAGUGGUUUGUGGUGCUCCACAAACACUGCAGCAGACUUCCCUGUGCACCUGAGCAUAGGAAGCCCAUUUCCAGAGGGCUUGAAGCAACACUGGCACCCCCACCACAGGCCCUCAUAGGCAGGCCUCCCCCCACCCUGCCUCCCUGCCAUGGCUCUGGCACUACUCUCACCGCCAAAGCAGGGAGCUGACCUUCUGAGGGGAUUAUGUGUAAGUUCAGAGGCAGUGGAGCUUUUCCCUGCUCCUGCCCUGAGGUCCCCAGGCACUCCUCUAUCUGCAGAUUUCAACGAUGACGACUACAUCUGCAAAUCCGACCUGGAGAAGACGGUGAACAAGCUGACCCGCAAAGAGUUGACCCCGGAGGAGGUGUGCCUGGUGUGCAACAAGGUGAUGGAGGAAGCCGACUUGGACAACGAUGGCAAGCUGUCCCUGGAAGACUUCCAGCACAUGAUCGUUCGAGCGCCUGACUUCCUCAGGUAAUGGAAACUGCCCGGCCGUGGCCUUCCUUCCCUCUCUGGGCUGUCGGGCUGAGGAACAAGGAGCUCCGGGGGGACUUUUCUCAGAGCAGAGGGUGCCAAGAAAGCCAAACGAGGUGAGAGUAGCCUGAGGUUGCCCUUCAGCAUUCGUCCCAUCCAUCCCCGUCCUGCCCAUCUCAUGCAGAGCGAUGAAGCGGGUGCCUCGUGAGACGCCCUGGGCUUUUGCUCUCGGACACAGUCUGCUGAGUUCAGCCUGGGCAUCCUUCUCUCCCCAGGACAGAUUCACGCAGCCCGCCAUCACCCAGCCUGCCCCUGGCUCUGCUGCCAAGCGUCUCAGCCAGGAGAGCACAUUUUUUCCUAAGCUAGUUGGAGUCUCUCUCAGCCACAAGGAGGCCUGGAGUUCAGCUUCCACCUGCUGUUGUUUGCAUGUUAAACUCCCCAUCUUUGCCGAUGUCCUUUUCUGACCGUGGGUCACCAGUGCUGAAGGGUUCUUGUUGUUUUUCAACAGCACUUUUCAUAUCAGAAUCUGACCCAAACUCCAGAGAC